AUGUGCUUGGUUUUUAGCCUAAUCAUCAUGUCCUAUGAUGUCAGCAAGAAAGAACUCAGAGAUAGCAGCUGCCAUGUGGGACAGCUGCCAGGGUUCUUCCCAAAGGAUGUGAGAAGAAUCAGGGAUGUGCUCGUGCAAGAAACCAAAAGGUCUACAUUCAUUCAAAAUCAGACUGUGGCUACCCUGCAGUGCCUUGGCUCUGGGAGCAAAGUCAAAGUCAACCUUGUGUAUUCAGAGAAAAGGUCAAAGGUCAAGCAAACGCUGAAGAACCUGAGAGUCCUUGCUGCUCCCUGCAGAAACAGCAACUCCCCAAACUGUCACUUAACCCCCACAUCCAAGUUUCAGACUGGAUCCCUUCUAACAGGCAAAGUGAUGUCUAAGCCCAACAUGGGGCUCAAGCUCAAGCGUCGCAUGCUCUACCACACAGAUGAGAACCUAAAGAAGAGGCAGAAAUGGAGCACUGUGGUCAAAUUUCUGAUUGCUGUCACCCUGUUGCUCAGUGGAGUCGCCAUGAUAGUGUUUGUCCUUUUUGAAGUCCCAUGCCCUUCAGUGCUGGGGAGCAGAGAGCUAUGCCGAUGCCAGUGGUUGGGCAGAAGGCAAAGGAAAGGCCAGCAACCUGGGGCAGCUGAAUCCCAGCUUGAGUCUCAGCCCAAGAAGGAAAGUGGUCUCUGUAUGGUUGGACAAGAUGCUCCCAACUCAUCAAGCCCAAAGAAAGCUGCAGGGAUCACUAUCAUCCACGAGACAUACUUCUGA